AUGACCAAAAAAAAAAGAGAGAGAAAAAAAAAAAUCCAAGAAGAGGCCCCAUGCGCCCGUCGCUCCCGCCCCUCCUCCGGCGCCGGCGCCGGCACCGCCGCCACCGUGGUCGUCGCCGGGUUCCCCGGCCACGGCAAGAGCUCCCUCCUCAACACCGCGUGCCGCGCCCUCGCCGCCGAGUCGGGCCCUCUCCUCCUCCGCGCCGUGGCGGCGCCCCCGUCCUCCGCCGCCGCCGCCGCCGGCGGCGCGGCGGCGCGGCGGUCGGAGGAGGAGGAGGAGGAGGAGGAGGAGGCGGCGGCGGCGGUGGAGUUGGUGGAGGCGGCGCUGCCGGAGCCGUCGCGGACGACGCGGGCGAGUGCGGAGGCGGCGGUCGCGGAGUCGGGCGCCGAGUGCGCGGUGGUGGCUCUCCGGUGCGGAGGGCCGUGCAAGGAGCGCGAGAUGGCGGUGCGAAAGCUCGCGGACGUCGCCGCCGCCGUGCGCGGCAGAGGUCUGCAUUUGAUUGUUGUACUGACCCACAAGAAAGCCCUAAAAACAAAGAGGCAAGCCGAAGAGCUACGUCGCGAGGUCGCCUUCCGAGCGAACACCGACUGCGUCUUCUUCAUCGAGAACUACACGCUGAGCGGCGCGUCGAACCUCCGCCACCCCACGGUGGUCAAGAACGACUUCGACACGCACUUCACGAUCCUCACGAUCGUCCGACAGUGCCUCGAGUUCGUCAAGCUGCACCGAAGCGGCUCGACAGCACGGCAAAAGCCGAGUGCUCCAGCAAGAACUGUUAGCCAUGGUACUUUGGAAGAUCCAAAGGAAUAGUGAGGGACUAUGAAUCAGAAACUCACUAGUGAUGUAGCAAAUGCAAAUCAAACUUAUGUAUGUAUGUUUGCACAAAAUCAUGUACUAAAGGAGAAUAGUAAGGAUUUUUAAACAAAACAAAAGA